UCUAUUGUUCAUACUAUUAAAUUUGGUGCUUGCUGCUUAUUAAAUUUUGUUUCUUCUAUCCCUGUGUUAAAUAUUUGAAAUAAUUUCUUUUAAAGUAGUAUAAUUAUUAUUUUUAAAUUAUAAGAUUAAAAAAAAAAAAUUGAGUAUGUGGAAAUUUAAUUUAAGGCUUAAAGAAAGUAUUUUUCGAUGGUAGGACAUGCUGGCGUCACCACCGUUGCCGAUAUCUACCAUCCGCGCCGGACUCCGUUGUCUUCGCAAUAUGUCGAAAUUUUUAUGUGAUAUUUAUAUUUUUAUUUAUAAAUAAUAAGUUAGUGUAACUAAAUUACAACACUUUUUAGCUUAUGACAAUUUCUUAAUAUCUUUGUGUCCUAACAAUAAGCUCUUCAUUUCAUAGUUGUUAAAUUUGAAUGAAUUUUCUAUUUUAAAUUUAUUUAAAAAUAUUUUUUUGACUAAAUGAAACCUAAAUUAAAAAUAAUUAAAAGAUAUAUUGUAAAAAAUACAACUUUUGGUGACACGCUGAAGUGAUCAUGAACAUUCUUGGCUCUAGAACAGCAGCGACAGUAAAUCGCAUUCCAGACAUGGGACAACCUUCUAAACCAUUAGCUAAUUCUACUCCAGUGGCAAAAUCAAUGUUUGAACAUGUUAAAAUUGAACACAUGUUAGCUGGCUUUACAGGUGGCGUUGCAUCAACUCUUGUACUACAUCCUUUAGACUUACUGAAAAUACGAUUUGCUGUAAAUGAUGGUAGAAAUACUAUACCAAGUUAUGCUGGAUUGGGAAAUGCUGUAACUACAAUAUUUAGACAAGAAGGAAUUAGAGGACUCUACAAAGGAGUAACACCGAAUGUUUGGGGGUCAGGAAGUGCAUGGGGUUUUUAUUUUCUCUUUUAUAAUUCAAUUAAAGCUUGGAUUCAAGGUGGCAAUACAAAAAAACCAUUAGGUCCUGCACUUCAUAUGACAGCUGCUGCUGAAGCAGGAAUUCUUACUUUGAUCAUGACAAAUCCUGUGUGGGUUGUUAAAACGCGUCUUUGUUUACAAUUUGACCAGCCAAUUGACCCUAAAAAAAGUUAUAGUGGUAUGUGGGAUGCAUUUCGUAAAAUUUAUACUGCUGAAGGCAUACGAGGCUUAUAUAAGGGUUUUGUUCCUGGAAUGUUAGGUGUAUCUCAUGGCGCCUUACAAUUUAUGACAUAUGAGGAGAUGAAGACUUUUUAUAACCAAUAUAGAAGACUUCCUAUUGAUGCUAAGCUGGAAACAUCAGAGUACAUUGCAUUUGCUGCAAUGUCUAAAUUAAUAGCAGCUGGUAUGACUUAUCCAUAUCAAGUAAUUCGUGCUAGACUGCAAGAUCAACAUCGAGAAUAUAGAGGGACUUGGCAUUGUAUAACACAAACUUGGAGGUACGAAGGUGCUGGUGGAUUCUAUAAAGGAUUAUCGCCAUAUUUAUUACAUGUCCUUCCAAACAUUUGCCUUGUUUUGUUAAUCUACGAGAAGUUUACCAAUACCUAAUCUCCAAUUUAGUUAUUAAAUUUGAAGGAUGGCGAGGGUUUUAUAAAGGAUUAGUACCAAAUCUUUUAAGAGUGGUUCCAGCUACUGUUAUAACUUUUGUUACUUAUGAAAAUUUAUCGAGAUAUUUGUUUAAAAUAAAUCAAGAUACUAGUUAGAAAUUAUUUUAUUUAUUUAGUUUAAAUAAACUUUAUUUAGUUCUGA